AUGCCAGAAUGCCGUAAGAAUCCGUGUCAAAAUGGUGCGAAUUAUGUUCCACUCACACCUACAGAUUAUACAACGCCUCGUUACAAAUGUCUUUGUUCUCCGGGCUACGCAGGAAAUCUUUGUCAAUAUAUGGUCAGAUCAUGUCGUGGUUACAUGAAUGGUAAUCGUGUUCGUGGAAAGUACAAGGUGUUUGACGAUGACAUGAAUCUCUUUGAAAUUUUCUGUGAUUUUGAGUUAAAUACUACCAUGACAUGGACACUGGUUCAAUCGUAUGAACAAAGAGUUAGGGACACGUUCAAAUUCAAGUCCUACAUUGUAGAUUUCCCUAUACACCAAGAUUCUCCAAUAUGGGAUUCGUAUCGUCUUUCAAAGUCCAGAAUGCAAUCCAUCCAAGAUAACUCCAGUAAAUUGCGCGUUACAUGCAAAUAUGAUACUGAUGGUCUGGUCUACCGUGAUUAUCUUCAAGUGACAAAGAAAGAAAUCGAUAUUCUAACCUUCAAAAACAAGACACAGUGUCCUUUAGUCGAACUGAUUGAUGUUCGAGGUCAGAGCUGUUCCAACUGCACUGCAUCUCUAGCUCAAUGGGAUUAUAUAUUACACAGUGAUUCCUUUUACGCCGCGAAUAGAAGCUGUCAAUUUCGGCCUACUGGGGGUAAACGUUGUACAGGACUUACAGGCACGUACACAGAAGACAAUUUUGGUUACUAUGGUUGUAUUAAUACGGCACACCGAUGUUCAUCCUCUGAGGCAGCUACAACUCAAACCUGGCUUGGUUCUAAUUAA